CUCUGUCUGCAAAGGAUGCAACGAGUUUUUACCAAAAGGGUAAGUUUUCUUGAGUUGAGUACUUUAAACUGUACGCUCAGCUUUUUUAAAUCACUCUUUCUUGGCAUUGUUCUCCCCAGUUUUUCGAUCCGCACCUCCGGUGGAUCGUGAUCUGAACCGGUCUCUCUACCGUUUCAUGUAAACUUUGGCCGGGGAAACUAUUUUGAAGUUGUACUUUUUAUUGAUUUCCUUUCCUUUCCUUGCUACAGUAGUUUUCUAGUCAAAUAUUACUGCUCUCAUAGGAUUUUUCACGACGGGAAAUCAUCUUUCUCUUUUAAGACUUUGAUCAAGUUAUAUCAGAUAUUAACCUUGUGAGCUUAUAUUUAAUACAAGCUUAUUACUACGUAAGAUUUCUUAUAAGCACACUUAUAUUGGUCAAGAUUGCCGCCAAGCAAUGUGAAAUUUGCUUUUAGACGUAAAACGAACUUAUGUUCAUAAGCUGGAGGUUGUGUUAAUACAAGUUUCCCCUUCCUUACCCCUACCCCCUCCACUUCUCUUAAUGAACCAAACUGAGUACAUUUGGGAUCCUUACAAGAGGUAUGGAUUUUGAUUUAUUUGCUUUGUAAAUGGGUUAAUUUAGGGAUUUGUAUUUAAAGGUGGUAUUAAAUCAAAUUUGCCUUACUGUGUGCAGUCAAAACUUUUUUCAAGCAACUGCCAUGAACGAAUGGACAGUGGUCACUUUCAGAGAGACAACCUACAAGAGCAGGGACGGCGGAGCGUACUUUGUAUUGGGGGUGGCUAACAAGCAAGCGCAGGAGACGCUCACUUGUAGGGGGUUCGAGGGGAAUCUCUGCCAGAAAAUUUUGAAAUCUUGAAGCUCGGAAAUGCUACUUUCAGUAUUCUCAACGAGAUAUCAAAAAAUGAAAUGACAGAUGUUUAACUUCUUAUUUGUUACCUGAUACAUAUAUAACUUAAUACAUAUAUCCUAGCCUCAUGUAUAUUCCGGCCACAGUGCGUACACUAAAUUGUUUCAUUACAAAUGCUCGACGUGUGUAGCAAGAGGGAGAAUGUUCAAAAUUAGUGGUGUAAAAUUUCUUGUGUUACAUUAAGAUGCUAAUCUUGACAGCAUAUGACAAAUUUCAACUAUAAAACAAAUUGCAAAGUUUUGAAAAAUCGAAGAGUGAAGGGCUAAUGCAAAAUCGCCCGCGAGAAAGGGCAAUGUGAUUUUCCUAACUCGUCCCUAGUCAUCUUUCGUCUUUAUUCACAAGCUAAAUUGUGAGAAUACUAAGGGAAAAGAACAAGUUGAUAGGCUAAAGUCAAUUUCCUGGAACAAUGCAUGUACAGUAACAGCAAGGGAAAACAACAAGUUCAACGGCUGAAGUCAGCAGUAGUAAAUUUGCCAAAAUUCCUUUCAUGAUUUUCGUUCAGGGAUACAGAUGAAUUUGCCACAGAAACUAAACAAAGCUUAUCAGCUCUAUCUUUAUGUGUGUUUAAAAUCACGAGAUGGUUGAGCCGUGCUUCUGUUUUGUUUUUCCUUCUGUUAGUUUUCUUUUUUCAUGUUUAAUGGGCUUUUUAAUUAUUUUUAAUUUUUUAUUUAUUUUUUGCUUGAAAUUGGAGGGCUAAAGCCCCCUCAGCCUCCCAGCUCCACCGUCUCUGGAGAGGCUGUGUUUAUGAUGCAAAGAAGGUUCAAGAAAUGACAAAUUCAUUUGAUCUGGGGUAUCCUAAUUUCUAAUGCAGAGACUCGCUAUUGUUCCCCCAACUUUUCGUAAGAUGCUUACAAGACAAGCCGUCUUUGGUUAAUUGUUUUCCAGAAGACCUGCAUAUUUGUUCAAGAAAUCAUAUUAUGAGGGUCUCAAUGGGGUUAAACGAUAGGCGUAAAACGGCCAAAAAUUUAGUCGAUAGCCGUAAAAAUUUAAAAAUUUUAACCGUUAGCCGUAAAUAGAGUAAAAAAGAGUUAACCGUAAAAGAAAUUGUUCCCUAGAUUUGUUAAUUUUAAGGAAGGUGCUAAACGCGCUUAUGGUUGCGUUUUUUAUUUCCCGGCUACUUUUGACUCCGUACGCACGUUAGACCAAGUGCCUUUUAGGUGUUGACCUAGACCUAGGCUCCAUUUCCGCCGCUCUCUCGAAUAAUCAAGUUUUUUCCAUAGCAAAAAUCUGGCUUCUUGCUGGGGAUUAAUAUUUGUGAUUUUCAGGAGGUCAUGCCCUCUAAAUACUGGUGAAUCAACACGCAGAGAUGUCACUGUUUCAUAAAACACGUUGCCGAUAAACAACAAUUCUGUGUUUUUCUCUGACGCAACAGUAGACAUUGCCAUGCCUAUUCUUUGUACGGCGUCUGCCCACGCAAUCCUGAGAAAAAACACUCAUUUGGACCACGUGACCUAAAGCGCAUUAGCAGCGCGGAAUAAUGAGGCCUAUGGACAAGGCAAACGGCAGAGUCGUUCUGUACAGUCCUUCGCUACCGGACACGGGAAUUUUGUUAUUGGCAGUUUUAACACUAGAGUUAGAAAUGGAUUAUCCGUCUGAGACUAGCCUGUGUACAGUCGCCACCUCCCCCACAGACACCCCUCCUCCGAUUUUUUCUGAUUCUGAGGGAAGGGGGCAGCUGUACACAGGCUAUCUGAAAUGGAUAAUCCAUCUUCAAACUGUCGGUCAAAAUUGACGGAUAAAGUCAGGCGAAGGAUAACCUGUGUCACACGAAUAAUCCAUCUCUAGUGUGAAAACGGGUUAUAAAUGAAUGUCGCGCCCCGGCCUUGAGUUGGGCGUUCAUGUGUCUGCUUUUACUUUUUCACAAAGAUUUGUCAAUUGACUUUUGACAUUUCUAUGCGUAAAAUAAUAUUAGAGGUGAAAUACUUUAUAAAAAGUAUGAUCUAUCAAAUGUUAAAAUUUUUCAAAAGAAUAGCUUAUUUAAUCCUGAGAUGAUCCUAAGACCUUUAUUUUACUUUAAAGAUAAAAAAAUACAGGUUUAGUAAUAUUUAACUCUUUGAAACAAAAGAAAUUAAUUUUUAACUUUUUUGUUAACCGUAACUGGAAAAAAUUAACCGAUAGCCGUAAAAGAGCCAAAAUUUUAGCCGAUAACCAUAAAAGCCACCACUCCACUGAGACCCUCUAUUAUUGCAGGCUUGUUGGAAGGAGCAGUGAAAGGGGUGCAUACAUACCCUCCAUAUGGCCUGCUGAGGUCCACCUGUUGGUCACAGAUUAGUCAUUAGUCACCUGCAGGAGUUGAAGAUGCAUAAGUGGGAAAAAUUGACCACCACAGACUUGGCAAUUUUAGCAAAUUUGUCUGAAAGCAACCAACCUAGCUAUCAGUAACAAUUUCCUAAUGACAAAACAUUUUUGUUCCAGGCUUUGUUUUCUGUGAGGGCAGCAGUUUAUCAUGGACGACUAUUUUCUACAUCAUAUGCACUUGCGCAAAAGGUAAAGCAUUAUUCUGUUAGCUUUUACAUGUAAGAAUUUAUCAUUAUUUGUAUACUGUAGACUUGUAAUGUUGCCACAAAAUCCAGCUUGAACUUCAGAUCUGGCCCCAGUUGGGGCCUGUAGGUUAUGGCCUUUGCAUUCCAUUGUUGCCUUCCUUCCAAGGUGUCCUUUAUCCAGGUCUAUAACUCCCCAUUUUACACAAGUACGGUCUAAUUUUUGAACAGAUGAAAACCUGCACAGAUCCGCAUUUUGUUUACACAGGACCCGUAGAACUAUGCAACUCUUUGAACAGCUAACAGUACUGCAAUUUGUAACAUAAUUUGCUCAGUUCCAUGUAAAUGGGUUGCAUGUGUAAAAAUUAGUCCAUUCAAAAAUUUGUCCAGACCUGUCUAAACAGGUUCUAAAUGAGUUCUAGCAACAUACUGCGUGGGGUAGCACUGUGAUAGACUAGCAUCCUUUCCAGGCUGAAACACUCCUAGUACACCUACUCGAAAUGUUUUACAACUUAGGUAGGAUAAUGAGAGUUACAAGUGGCAAAGCCUUAUUUAACAGAUGGUAAAUGGCUCAGCAUUUACUAUUGAGUUAUAGUUGAAUGCAGGAGGUUGCUGAGCACAAAUGAAGUGUAAGAGUCGCCAAGUGCAACUCUAGCUUCUUGAGGAAAUUUUCUCUAACUUCUUAGGAUAUCAAAUUAAUGAUGAGGCCCGAGUGACGCAUAGGGCUUUAAGCACACACUAGCUUUUGUCACCAUUCACCCAUGGGCAAAUGAUAAAUGGAUAGUGGACCAAUUAGAGCACAUGCUUUUCUUUUGUUGUGUCAAAACUUGUGUGGUUGUUGUUUAAUAUUAUUACACCUAAAAUGUCAAGAAAAGUUGCAAGUAGUCCGCUUGAAUUGGAAAAAAUGCUGGCUCCUGGAUCAUGUUGACUGGGCUGUGAUUUCUGCCUCUUGCUUUAGAAACUAGGUUUUAAGCUCUGGCCAUUUUGGCCUCCUUGGCUGGAGUGUGGCUUGUGGUUAUGCCUGAAUGAUGGAAAAUGUAUGUUAAAAAAUUAUUAUUUUUCCUUAGGUGCCCCUAAGUAAAUUUGAAUCAGACAAGUAUCUGAACUAUCAGCACUUGGAAGACAAUUUGAAAGUAGUGCGAGACAGGUGAGAAGUUAAGAAACUAAUAGGCCCGUUUCAAACGUCGUGCUACUGCCGUGCGGAACUCAAUUGAUCGAAUUAAAUUCGGCUUAAGCACGGCAGUAGCGCGACGUUUGAAACCAAGUCGUGCUACUGCCAUGUAGCAUGGCAAGCCUUGCCAUACUACCGCCAUGCCGAACUCAAUUCAUGAAUUAUAAAUACAUUAGAAUAUAUUUAAAAGUUUGCUAAACCGUUUCUUUAUUUUUGUGGUUUGUUUUUGGCAACAGCCAUUCCAUUUGACUGUCAUUGUAUGAAUUAAAUUUGACGUUUGAAACCAAGUUGUGCUAAUGUCGUGCUGCAGUCGAGCUACAGUUGACCCAGCUUAGCACGGCAGUAGCACGACGUUUGAAACUGGCCUUAGUACAGAACACACUGCACAAGUAAGACCAAAACAAAAACAUCUUAAAAUGUAAGUGGAGAAUCCCAUGUGCAUCAUUUGUUAAACUUGUGUGCAUACAGCAAUAUUGUAUAAAACAGUGGAUAACAAUGUAGCAAUAACCAUUUUCUUGCAGGCUAAACAGGCCAUUAACGCUUUCUGAGAAAAUUCUGUACUCUCAUUUGGAUGACCCAGUAAAUCAGGUACAUUUAACUUCUGCAUAGUCAUUGCCAAUGCACACUGUAACUAAAUAUUAGCAAUCUGAUGGUUGCCUCACAUAAAAUAAUAUAGCUAGGCAGUGACAGUGCCUUUACAGGGAUGGUAAAACACUGUUGCUGAUAGAUGAUUCUAACCUAGGUUGAUUCUAAAUUUCCUGUGUCAGACUCCUAGCCCUAAUUGGUGAUGAUCAUGAAUAAUGAGGGCUAGGAAACGAAGUAAAUUCAGAAUCAGCCUAGGUUAAAACUGGUUUAACCUGGGUUCCAUGUUAACCCAUGUUAACCCAUUCUAACUGUGCACACAUUCUUGAGAGCCUUUUCUUCUUUCAUACAGGAUAUAGAGCGAGGUGUGUCAUACUUAAAGCUCAGACCAGAUCGAGUGGCAAUGCAAGAUGCUACUGCCCAGGUGCAUUAUAUUUAGCAAUAAUUCCUCUCUUUGGUGUCUUACAUGUUAUGGUCUCUCUAUGUGUUUACCAUAUAUAGUAAUUACAUGCGAAUGCAUAAAUUCAAUAAAACGUGUUUGUAGUGAACCGCCAUGUUGUCCGGGUGUGUUCUCGGAUCUCUCGUCAGUACAUGACGUUACACAUAUGAGAAAAUCAGCCCCUGGUCAAAGUGUUUUUAAGAGUACAUGUAGAUUGAAAGGUGGCCGGCAAAGAAAGGUGUGACCGAUAGCCUGGGCUAGUGAUAUUGCGAUCUUAACUUACCCUGCAGGCAAGUGAAGUUUUGUCGGGAAUUUAAGUUACAGAAGAACUGUAAGCACUCCUGGAAAUGAAUUUUUUUUUUUUUUUUGCAGGGGGGCAGAGGGGGGGGGAAGGGGAGCUAGUUGAAAUGAAUUUUGCGCUUAAACAUACUAGCUACAGCUUGCUGGUGUGGGAAGCUGUUAAACUGACUGCCUUUGCACCCAGUUGAGAGGGUCAAGGAACUAACCAGCUUGUCAAUGGCACUUUGCUCAAGGACCCAGCUCAGUGGUUAGAGCGUCCCACCAGUAUAUAGAGCAGGGCUCUAGAGGGACAGGCCUGUCUGGGAAAUGUUUCAAAUUUUCAUGCUAGAAGUGUCUGAUGGGAUGUUGUUUCUAAUGUUACAGCACAUUUUGAUUGACAAUUAAAGUCAAUUUAGAAACUUAUCAGUACAUCUAUUACUAAAUCAUGUUAUUUGUCUAAGUUUUAUUCAAAAUAUAACAAAAUAGAAAUAGACAUAAAUUUCUUUUGUAAAUGAAGGAGGUGGUCAAGAUUUAGGAAGAGUUGACUCAUUCAUCCAUCAAAUUCUUAGUGUGCUGUAAACUUAACUAAUGUAGUGUGUCAUUUUUGUUACAGAUGGCAAUGCUUCAGUUCAUUUCUAGUGGCCUUCCAAAGGUGAGAGUUAGUGGUUUCAGUUUCAUUAAUGGAUACAGGAUCUAUUAAUUUAACUCUCUUUAUAUUUUACCUAAAACUGCAUUAUUGUUUUAUUGCUGCAGUAGAUUUUUCUUCAGCAAGUCCUGUUAUUAGAAUGUCUGAUGGGAUAAGGUCCUUCAUUAAGUCAAGGUUCUUUUUUUGCCUAUAAUGCACAUGCAGUUCUAUGCCCACUUGUUUUUCUUUGUUCAGUAACAUAAUGAAGAGACUGAGUUGUGGAAUGCGAUGACAAGUUUGAGCUAGUUAUAUGCUGGGGUAGCUUCUGACUGGUUCAAUGUCAGUGGAGUAGAGAGGCCAUUUCAUACUACAAAAUCAGUAUGGGCCACAUGUAACUUAUUGAUGAGUGGACUACCUGUGCCAUUUAUGUGCACAUGGGUUAUCUGUACUGUGUUGGCUUUCUGUGAUUUGACAUUCCUUUCAGUGUAGGUGAUUUAUGAGUAAUGGGUGGGCUACCUACAGUAUGUCGAGGCCCUAUGACAUCACCAGCGUGCAAAGAAAGUGGUGUCUGAUAGCCUGGGGCUAGUAAAUUCUGUUCUUAACUUGCCUGAUCGACAGGUAAUUUUUUGGGGGAAUUUAAAUUACAGAAGAAAUGUAAUCAAUCCUGGUCAUCGAAUCUUUUUCAGGCUAGUUGAAAUGACUUUCGGGCUAGUACAUGCUAGCUACAGCUUGCCUGAAUGGCAAGCUGUAAAACUGACUUUCUUUGCACCCUGAUCACUGCAUCUUAAAUGUUGAUUACACAGGUUGCAGUUCCCACAACCAUCCACUGCGAUCACUUAAUAGAAGCCCAGAUUGGAGGAGAGCAGGAUUUAAAGAGGGCUAAAGACAUCAAUGAAGAAGUAUACAACUUCUUAGCAACAGCAUCUUCGAAGUAUGGUGUUGGCUUUUGGAAACCUGGUAGUGGAAUUAUUCAUCAAAUAGUGCUGGAGAACUAUGGGUUUCCUGGUGUCCUGUUGAUUGGCACUGAUAGCCACACACCAAAUGGAGGUAAGUAUUUUUGUUAUCUAUGGUGAAUAAUAAUUAUAUGAAUUUCAUAUAUUGGAACGAAAGAAUAAAGAAAUAAAUGCCAAGAAGAUCAUCACAGUUUAAAAAUAAAUGUAACUUUAUACAGUUGUGAAAAGAAGGCCACUAGAAAAAAAAAUUGGGCUUGCUGGGAUUCGAACUCUGCAUGACGUCUUUAACUGUGUCGAUCUUCUUUGCACUUGAAAGUAAUGAAAUUAUCUUACCUGUGAAAUAAUAACAGCACUGAUCCAUGGGCAGCUUUCAUUUUUUCUCUGGGAUUUCAUCAGCACUCACAACCAUGUAGCCAAAGCAAAACACAGGUCAAUCCUAAAGCUUUCAAGUCCAGAUUUUCUCAUAACACAGUAAGACCCACUCUCAAAUCCUCAUUUCUCUAGCACCAAGAGUUAUUGUUUCAAAAGCAAAUAAAAUUUCUGUUGUUUUUCUGUCAUUCCUUUACCUGGUUUAUUUCGGCUCUCAACUUCUUGUUCUCUUGCCAUGAAAGCAUUUAAGUAAACUUCAAGUUUUUACUUUCUCAUGGCAAACCAUUGAUCAAUUUUUGGAUACAGUUCUUAGUCACCCUGGGAUAUUUUUAAAUACUGUAAAUCUCACUCAUGACAAUGAUGACACAUGACUAAGGGUGCAUUCCUUUGAGAUGAUCCAGAUCAAGAUCAGUGAUCCGAGAUCGCUCGCAUCAUGGUAGAUCAAAUGAACUGAUGAAUCCACUCCACUACCACUACCAUCCACUCCACUACCAUGAUCCGAGUGAUCUCGGAUCACUGAUCCUGAUCCGGAUAAUCCCAAAGGAACGCAUCCUAAAUCAUUAACAUUUUAUUAAAUCUUUAUUGACUGUAGGUGAUAAAUUUGUCAUCGAGCUAUUGUGACACUGAUUGAGCAUAAAUAAUAAUAAAUUCUCCUGUUGGUGGUUGUUAAUUAUUAGUAUUAAUUAAGAAUUAAUCAUUAAUGCUUGUUAUACUCUACCUGCUGCCUUCCUUUAGGUGGUCUUGGUGGACUCUGUAUUGGUGUGGGUGGAGCAGACGCUGUAGACGUCAUGGCUGAUAUUCCCUGGGAGCUCAAAUGUCCAAAGGUGAACAUUACAAUGUACUUUAACAAUUAUUGGUGAGGUUUUUAUGAUAUCCAGAAUAAUCAAGGUCAAGGUAGGGGUUGGCUGAGGCUGAUAACUGAGACCUUGAUUAUUCUGGAUAUCAUAAGAACCGAAUAUAGUAAUUGUUUUAUUAUACAUUGAACAAAUUCUUCUUUUCUGGCUUUGACAUAAAAUGUACAUUUUCAAAGUUCGUGCCAACUCUUUCUUCUCCUCAGGUUCUCUCAGUUUUUUCUCUUUCACAGCAAACAGCUCGUUUGCCACCUUUGUUGACCUGUUUGUGUUUUGUGAGUCCUUAUCUUCAACUAUUUUUUCCAUGACUUGCUCGGUCAACGAAGCAAACCUGGAAGUCAUGUUUUUGCUUCUUCACUGAUGGCAAGCAACACAAAGCGUGCAAACUUGACAUGAUUACCCUUAGAAAUCAUGCACCGCAGUCAUACAUGACAUGAUAACCUGUGACCUUAAGUGUCCUUGACAUGAUUAUUGUAUAAUCUGCAGCUAGAUGACGUCUCAGGCACUGAUUUCGAAAAUUCACUGUACGCUUUCGGCCAAUCAGAAAAGAGAUACUGAGUUCAAUGUAUAAUAAAAAGUAGUAACAGGGUUACGGGGGAUUUACAGAAGACUCCAAGGAUGUGCAGCAUAUAAAUGUUUGCUAGAAACUGAUGCGUGUGAAAUGACCCCCUCCUACCCCUAUCAUGAAGAGAGGCCCACUGGCUAAUCUUGUCCCUUUAAGGCUGCUUUUCCCUUCCUUGAAGGUGAUUGCCUGAGAGGUUUGACUUGGUUAGCAUUAGAUAACAUCAGGUGAAGCCAGAUUAGACACCUUAUGAGGUUUACACUAAUGAAUUUUUCUCUUAAUGUAAGGAGACUGGAACAGAACCCCACUAACCUUGUCGAAUACAGCUAAAAAAGACAAAACUGCAGAGCGACGGUUAUGGAGAGAAUAUACUAGAGAGUUAGGCACUGAUCUGGAGUGAUUAGGGUUAAGCACUGAAGUGGAAAUGGUCAGCUUUCUAUUUUAUAUUAUAUUAUGCACAUGUUCUUCAUUUAAUUUUACUGAAAGAAACAAUCUGGUUUCAGCUGAUGUUACCUGAUGCUAACCGUUUGACUUUGUUUUCUGAAAGAGGAGGGGAAAGCUAUUCAUAUUUAGGAAAUGGAAUUCAUAGUUUUAGGAAAUUGAAUUUUGACUAAUAUCUGGUGAUUUGGCGAUGAAUUUAUGCAGUGGGGGUGUGGAGGAGGGGAUAGAUGGCACUGGGAACCCCCUAGGAUUUCAUGGCAGACAUUCCUUGUCAAUUAAAAAAUCUAAUUUGGAUUUAAAAAAUCCCAGUCCUGAUAGCCUUGGUUUUGUAGGAAUUCAGUCAAAGUAUGUAGUUUAUAUAGUAUUAAUUCACUUCUAAUUUCCUGUAUAAUAAUUGUCCUGUGUUUAUAUGAACAGGUUAUAGGUGUCAAACUUACUGGAGAUUUGAAGGGUUGGACAUCACCAAAAGGUAAUUGUAUUUUCAACUGUUUCUUGUCUUUCUACAUGUUUCUGAAUAUGUUUUGUGGCAAAGUUAGCUUAUGUUGUUGUCCUUUCGUUUACAGAUGUUAUCCUUAAAGUUGCUGAUAUUUUAACAGUGAAAGGAGGAACUGGGGCUAUUGUGGAAUAUUUUGGACCUGGAGUGGAUUCCAUUUCAUGCACAGGUAAAUGUUCUAGAUGCUAAUCAAAGCUUGGACACUGAAUAGUGAGUUAAAGGAACAACAGUUUUGAGCAACACUCCUCAACCGGAAAUGGACUUUUUGCUUUCUUGGACCGUGAUUGUGACCAAAUUAUCAGGCAAAUCAUCUUCAUGAGAGUAAAGACCGUAAGCAAUACAAAUUUAGUAGUAUCAAGGGAUAUUGGGAGGGAAAUGGACUAACUUCUGGUUGAUGUUCAUUGCUCAAAAAUUCUUUGCUUAUUAAGCUGCCUAAUGUAACAUUCAGGGUUGUCAAAAGUAGCCGGCUGCCAGUGAAAAUCGCUGCCUACUUGGUUAGUAUCAGCCGGCUACUCUGCUUAGCAUUUCUUUACGGAUGGCGUUUUUGGAAUAAAAUAUCUCUGGACUGGCCGCUUACUUUGACAACUCAGCCAUCUACAUGUACUUCAAAGCUUUCUGACAACCCUGAACAUUGCUUGCCCUGCUGAACUUGUGAUAUAUAAAUUUUAGGAAUGGGAACCAUUUGUAACAUGGGUGCAGAAAUUGGUGCCACCACCUCAGUCUUCCCUUACAAUUACAGAAUGGAAAAGUACCUCAACGCAACUGGACGUGAACAGAUUGCUGAGCUUGCGAACAAGCAUGCUGAUUUCCUUCAAUCUGAUAAUGGUGCAGACUAUGAUCAGGUUAUUGAAAUCAAUCUCAGUGAGGUGAGCUUUCUACACUAAAUGUACAUUUACUGCGUUAACAUCAUUGUUGUGUUGAAGAAAAGCACAGUGAACGGUAUGCCCAAGCAUAAAACAUAAUGCACUGUGAGGUACAUGAGCAGACCAUUAUUUGUAGGCAGUUGUUUACAGGUCACGUGGUGGGCUCUUGGCCAAUGAAAAGAUAGAAAAAUUUGCUUCGAAUGAUAAUAAAAUUUAUUUUAUCAUUAUGAGGGGAACAAUGUUUGUAAUGUCCAUCACAGUGUGGUUUUUCAAAACUCAAUAAUUCUAUGACAAAGAAAAUGUUCUUGCAUUAUGAAGUACGCUGUCAGACAUCAGGGGCACCCAACGGCAAUUUUCGGGAAAAUAUCUGUUCGGAAGACGAUUUUAGAACUAGAAUUUUCGGAACAUUUGUUGUAAAAUUUCUUGCUCGCCUACCUCUCCUAGGAUUUAUGAACAUCUACAAAAUGGUAUAAUUACCCAUUUUAAACGGAUAUUUACCCUAAAAAAGGCCACCUAGAAUUUUCGGGAGCCUUUUCCUGGCUGAAAUUUUCGAAAAGGUGAGUUUUGAUCCCUAUAAUUUUCGGAUCACUAGACUUUCAGCUAGGAAAUCCGAACAGAUGAAAAGUUUUUAGGGGAUAAAAAUAUGCCUAUAUCUACCGUUUAAAUACUAAAAUACUAUUAUCCUUGUUGGGUGCCCCUGAGACAUGAAUAAUACCCAAUAAAUGCAGUUAUAGUUCUGAAAGAUUUUUUUAUGAGGAUGAUACAGGAGGGUUAUCACUGUGUUCCUAAUGUUAUUGCUUUCUUUUUUAGCUUGAGCCUCAUGUAAAUGGACCAUUUACCCCAGACCUGGCUCAUCCCAUCUCUAAACUAGGUGCAACAGCAAAAGAGAAGGGCUGGCCAAUGGAUAUUAGAGUGGGUGGGUACAACUACUUCUUUAGUUUACUGACCCUCUUAUCUGUUCCUCUGGUCAGUAUUAAAAUGCUUUUAGUUGUAAAACUCUUUUAUUUCCUAAAGUGUCAGAAGUGAUAUAUUGAAAAAUGAGUGCGAGUGCUUCAUCAGGGUAUCCAGACACCAAGAAACAGAUGAAAGCACGGACGCCUUGUGCUUUUAUUGUUUCGAAGUGUCUGGAUACCCUGAUGAAGCAGGAAGCUUGAGUAUUUGAUAAACUACAUCUAAAAAUUUCAUUUUUUAAAAUAAUUUAAUUCCACUGCAAUUAAAAUGAAUACCUGUGGCACAAACGUUAAAAACCUUGUGCUCAGGAUUCAGUCAUAAUAAUAUUAUUUACUGGUGGCCAGCAGAUAUUUUCAAAACUCAUUUAUGUGACCUUGGAGCUGGAGGGUGCUCAUACACCUGAGCCCUGGUUAAAAAAAUUAAUGCUGGACAGUACAGGGUCAGUGAAUGCCUAUUUUGGACAAAUAUGUACAGGGUCAGUGAAUGCCUAUUUUUUCAACAUAAAUAAGGUGUAGAGCUUAUGACAGGGUUAUAAGGAUGUAGCUAAGAAAAUGAUAAGCAGGCUUUUUUUUCUUAGUCUUGCCUGCUGUUUUACUCUUCUGCAUCUCUAAAAUUCCCAGACGUCUUUGUUUUCCUUUCAAUUUGAACUGGUGAUAAGCUCUUCUUCAACCAGAGAAAUUACCUGGUAGCUGGGUCUUAGCAACAUCCCUGGAGUUAGUUUGUAGAGUGCUGGUCUGUUGAACAGCAAGUUUAUCCCCUGGUACAACACCAUUUCUAUGGUUUUUAAAAUAAAUGGAAGCAGAAGGUAAAUGUACCAUCCUUGUUCCCAAAUGGCUCAACCCAGUUCCUUCAAUAAAUUAAUUUACUUGCCAAAUAUAUUGACACUUAAAUAAACUGUUUUUACAGGUCUAAUUGGCAGCUGUACCAACAGCAGUUAUGAAGACAUGACCAGGGCAGCAAGUAUUGCUAAACAAGCCCUAAAGCAUGGACUUAAAUCCAGGUACUGUGAACAAAGUGAACAGGUAGAUCACUGUCUCCCAGAUGAAUUCUGAAAGAUUACAUGCAGUUCCUUAGCUGACUUUUGUUAAAGUUGGUUCAAUAAAAAUGGUAUUGUUAACUGGACUUUUUAUUGAGAAGACAAGAGCAUCAGUAAGUCCCAAACUGUUCUUCCCAUAUACCGGUAUUCUAUACCAAGUGGACACCUCUGUUAUUGCUUUGUCUCCUAAUAGUGGUCAAAGGAAACAAAAGGACCAAAAUAAUCAAUAAUUAAAAAAAAAAGGUCCUGCAAGAUAAAUAGUACCAUGCAAAAUUUUUGCCAAAGAUUUUCAGUUGAACUGUAAGAUUAAAGGGGAUGGAAGACAUGAGUCUCUACAUUGAGCAUAAAAUUCCUCAGUGGGUUGAGCAAUGUUUAAAUACUCACCCCAUCGUCACAAUCCUUUGCUGGAAAGUUGUAUUAUUGGGCUGUGCUCAAGCAGAGCAGUGCUAUGUGGCACCUUGUGACAAGGAAAUCAUAUCUGAACUUCACAAUUAAAAUGCUUGUCACUGUAGAUAGAUUUCAUAAGUUCAGAGCUCCUGAGCUCCCUACUGUGAUUUAUUUUUUUCAAGUACAUCCUUUGCUCACUACACAGACAAGGCAAGGGAGUUGCAAGGAAAAAGGUUUUGGGAAGAAGUAUAGAAUAUGGAAACCCCAUUCAACUAUCACUCUGUACCUGUAUAAUCUACUGUUGUUAAUUGAAGUAUGUAUCUUUCUUCUUAAGGUCAAUGUAUACAGUUACUCCUGGAUCAGAGCAAAUUCGUGCUACUAUCGAAAGAGAUGGAAUUGUAAGUUAUUAUAAUGCUGAAAUUUUUUAUUUCCAGUUAAAUAAUUCCUGUUGUAAGACCUUACAACAUGAUAACAGUCUGUAUAAUAGUGGGUCUCUCAAAACUCAUGUCUUAGUUACUUAAUGUCUCCAUGAUUUUACAAAAUUAGUCACUACAGAUUUACUUGUAGCUACUUUGAUAAAAAUUACUCUGACAACAUCAGAAACCUGUAUAUUUUUCUUAGCUAAUUUUUACUUCCUUGUUUUAUUUUAAUUUUAUGUAGUUACUUUACAGAUCAAUUCUGUGUAAAUCAUGUUGUUUUCUUACUGACUGUGUCUAUUUUCAUAUUUUCAUCAGGCAGAAACCUUGAGAGAAUUUGGAGGAACAGUUUUGGCAAAUGCCUGUGGACCUUGCAUUGGUCAGUGGGACAGGUCAGGAGAAAUUUCCCUUUUCCUCUUCUCUCUUUGCCAUCAGUGGAUGUAACGUUUGAACACAUCACCUAAUCCAACAGUAAACAGUAGAGGAAAGGGUCUAAUAAUCUUUUGUCUUCACUUUUAUCACAAUUUUGCUAUGCACUUAUGUGUUUUAGCCCAGUGCAAACAUCGAUCUUUGCAUGUACCAAACUUAAUACCUGUUUUGGUCAACCCAAAUGAUUUGAAUUUGAUGGUUGAUCCAGACGUCGAACUUAAUAUUAUUAGUAAGACUCAAUUUAUUUUCACGAUGUUCAAUGGUCUAAAAUGCUUGCAAGUGAAAAUAAAUUGUAGCAAGUUAUGCAUUAAGUUUGGCACGUUUGAAACAAAGUUGCUCCACAGUUGAAAUUCCCAUGUGGGCCACUCGAUCUUAAUUCAUGGGUCCACCCAAAUUAGACAUGUUGAACUUAAUUGAAUCAAUUGUCAAUCUUUUCAUGUACAACCCUUUAAGCCCCAAUAUCCACAAGCAAAUUCUCCAAACUGAUCUUUAUAACUUUUUAAGUUUGCAUGUUUGUGAAAAAGGCUCUAUGUAAUCAUUUAAUUAAUUCUCAUAACCUAAUCUCUUGACAUUGUACAGAUAUCAUUAGGAGAAAAUUGAUGUUGGUCACUAUUGGAACUUAAAGGGUUAAUUGAAGGGAUUAGAUUCAGUACAUGAAAAGAUCAAUGUUUGAACUGGGCCUAAGGAACAUUAAUUUUGCCUUGGAGAUGUUGUUCAGAAAAAAUAUUCCCAAAGGUGUAAUGCUGCGGUGUUGAACACUUUCUGGGAAACUUUACCUUACCUAUAUUUUUUUAUUAUUUGCUCAGCUGUAUAAUUAGGUAUCAGUAAAAUGGAUAGUGCUGGGAUUUAUACCCCACCAAUGGGGGAAUGGCAAUACACCUGUAGUAUAGAAAACCUACCACAAAGGCUUAAAAAGAACACAAUUUAAUUUUUAUUCAUGGCCGCCAUAACACUCAGUAACAGCACUCUUUGCACACUCACUCAUUUUAAGGUGGUUGAACACAGUUUUCUGGGCGGUCAGCAGUAACUUGCGUGACGGCGCGUGUUUUAAAUUAGACAGACAAACAUGGCGGUGAAAAAGUAAUGGUACACAGAAGACAAUUUCUCAAAAUCUACUCAUUAGAAUUUUGUGAUAUUUGGCAUAAUUUUUCCUUUUAUCGUAUUUUAAGUAAUGAGAACUUUAAAAAGUUGAACAGACAAAUUUUUGUGACACAUUUAAUAAUUACAGUACAAUUAAAUUAUUGAUUAUCUAAAAACCUGUCUGUUAAAAUUUGGUCUAAUAAGUUUCAAAUGGUAAUGAUUAAUUAUAGUAAGGUGUGUGCAAGUUUAUAGGAAAAUCUAAUGAGCGAAUUUUAUGUAAACUGAGAAAAAGAGAAAUUUUAAGGUUGUAUUCAAUCGUUCACUACUACAAAUUUUUGUGACACAUUUAAUAAUUACAGUACAAUUAAAUUAUUGAUUAUCUAAAAACCUGUCUGUUAAAAUUUGGUCUAAUAAGUUUCAAAUGGUAAUGAUUAAUUAUAGUAAGGUGUGUGCAAGUUUAUAGGAAAAUCUAAUGAGCGAAUUUUAUGUAAACUGAGAAAAAGAGAAAUUUUAAGGUUGUAUUCAAUCGUUCAUGUUGCCAUGGAAACUAUGGAAAUGUCAAUUUUUACCUGUCAAUCAAAGUCUUUCAUCAGUACAUUUUUCACUUGCCAAGUUUCAGCUUGUGAGCUGCAACCUUUCUCUUGCCAUGAUUUGGCAAAUGACAUAUAAUCACAAACUGCCAAAACUGUGUUCAGCCACCUUAAUACGUCUCAGAUGCCAUUCCAGGAUGUGAGUAAUGGAAAACCGCUGUACACACAACACCUUGUAAUGCUUCAUGAUGUUUAGAUAAACAUCAUUGCCUUAGGUCUCGUGAGUAACUUUACUAUGCUAAUGUAUGCUAAAAUUUGUAUUUGUAGACAAGAUGUCAAGAAAGGAGAAGCAAACACAAUUGUGACAUCAUACAACAGAAAUUUCACAGGCCGAAAUGAUGCCAAUCCUGCAACUCAUGCCUUUGUAACUUCACCAGAGGUACGUCAAACAACUUCCUGCAUGCAGGGUGGCAAAAAGGUCUAGAUUUAUAAUCCCAUGCAUUUUUGUCGCUUAAAUCAAGGUCAUAGAUUGAUGGUUUGACAACCUGUGUGAAAAGCAAUCAUUGCACAAAUUGAGUUGUGUAGUACGGCAUCAAACACUGGCUAUUGACCUGACUGGUCAAUCAAGUUAUGAUAUUUUUGCUUGUUUGUCAGUGUUAUUUUCAAGUGUCACAGCCAUUAUGUUAGAGUCUAAAAACAACUUUACAAUUGCAAAUUACACUUGUAGAUGUUUAAUUAAAUAUUAUUGAUCCCAGGACAGCCAUAUAAAUUCAACCUACUAAUGCCAUGUAACUCUUGUGCUCGACCCAUUUUAUAGUAGUGUAAAAGAAAGCUCUGGUGAACACUUGAAAAUUAAUGUUUCAAUAAAUUUUGUCACUUUUCAGAGAAAUAUUUGUUAUUUGAUUGAAAUUUUUUGUCAGUAAGCAGUUAACAUAUUCUCUAGAAUUAGCCCUCUCUGAUGCAUUAUAUUGUAUGCUGUAAUCUUUUACCAGUUUGUUUGACAAUGUAUUGAUGUUGAAAGGAGAAUUAUGUACGUUGGCUAGCCUGCAAAUAGGCUCACUUGGGCAAAUUAGGAGAAAAGUUUGGCGGCAGAGCCACCAUCCAGUAAGGAAAACCCGAAUUCACACAAGUGAGCCUGUUUGCAAGCUAUACAAUGGUCAUUCUCUGAUUAUCUUGAUAGAUGGUUACAGCACUGUCCAUUGCUGGUGAACUGGACUUUAACCCUCAGACAGAUUCAUUAACUGGCACAGAUGGUAAGAACAAAUUAAAUAUAUGUUGCAGAUAAUUUUUUAAUUUAUUUGUAGAAUGAUCAAAUCACCAUUUUUUUGGUUAAAUUCAAAGUUGAAAUAAUGGUGUAUUGUUUUUAAAUUUAUUUUAUAGGUACAGAAUUUAAACUGGAGAGUCCUUAUGGAGAUGAACUACCUGAUAAGGUAAUGAGUUGUAUCUUUUUAUACAUUAACAUUGACCAAGGAAGCCCGUUUAACUGUGGUAAGUUUCAAAGGAGGCCAUAGCAAAAUGUAUAGUCCAAGACUGAUCUCCAACAGGUCCUCUAUUUAAAUUCAUUUUAAAAACGUUUUGGAGAAAGUUGAUCAGACAGAAUAAGGUUGAUAAUGUAACUAAUUCUCUACACAGUGCACAUGUGCUUUUGCUAAUGAUUUUGUUUCAAAGAAACUGGCAAAUUAGGUGAAUUUUUGACUUGUUACUUGUGUUGAUCACUUUGAUGUGAAUCAGGCUCAAAUAUUCCUUAAAAUUGUUGCAGGGCUUUGAUCCUGGCGAGGACACAUACCAGGUUGGUGAUAAAUCUUAUUUAAUACUGUAAAAUCUUGAAAUCAAAUAGCAUGAUGCAACAGUAAUGAUGAGGAGGUUUUAUUGACAAAAUUCGGACCCUAGGGUGUUGUAUGUGGAGUCAAAAGUUACCAUAGUACAACAUACAUCUUGCGAAGUAUUUUCUUUGGGGUUAUUUAACCAUAUUUAAAAAGCACAAUUCUCACCUGCAAUGAGGCAGAAUUUUAUAUGCAUUCACUCUUACUUUUGCUUUUUAUUUGCCUUGCCCACAAGGUAUUUAUUUUACCAAAAAAGUGAAAACAGAGCCUGACUGUAGCUGAAAUGUUGUUUUCAAGUGAAAAAUCUUUGGGAUUACCUUUCCACGGUUCUUUUUUCUUCCUUUUAUUCCACCACAGGAUUAAAAAUCAUUUUAUUCAUUAUUUUCAACAGGAAAUUAUCCUCUGUUGUUUUCAACUUAUGUAGCUAUGGAAUAAAAUAGCUUAGUCUUGUUGAUAAACAAAACAAUAAUUUUUCUCAUGUAUGGAUUGAUCAGUCAUCUCUAUAAACGUUUCAAAUAUAUUUCUCUACCCUAAACGUAAAUGUGCACUGUUACAAUAUAGAGAGUACUUGGUAUAAACUUAUGAAUAAAAUGUGAAUGACAAGAACAUGAGGUGAAGGUUGCGCAGGCAUGCCAGCCUCAUUUUUUGGAGGCCCAAAUCGUCUCCAAAAAAAAACAAGCAGUGGGUCAUCUUCCACUCAAAAUCAAAUUGUUCUUUUAUGAUUGACCUCGUUCUUUACUCUACAGGCCCCACCAGCUGAUGGCUCAUCAGUAUCAGUGGAUGUAAAUCCUCAAAGGUAAGGCUUUCUUGAUCUUGGAUGGUGACUGCAUACUGAGGAUGAGUUCAACCAACAUAAUUAACCUAUCCAUUAAAUGAGGUUAAAUAAAUAUUUAUUUAACAGAGUUAACAACAAAGGGCGCGAGCGUGGUCAGCGGGCAGUCCUUUGGCUCAAGCGCGGUCAGCCUUGCUUGCAUCGUCUCCAUGUGCUCAUUACAGUGUUUUCGUGGCGGCCAUUCUCUUCGUUUAGCCUUUGGAUCAUUCUUUUACCCCCAUCCCUCCCUCCCUUAAUUCUUCCACUGUUAAAUCAGUGUGACAGGUGCCUGGUUCCAUUGGCGUGAGGGCUCAUGGCUGGAGGGCGCGGGUUUGCCAGCCAUGGGGGCGUAACUCUGUCUAGGGGCUGGCUGUGCCAAAGGUGGAAGCCCCUGGGCAUCCCGGGCACCCACCUCCACUCAGCGACACAGUUGUUAACUAAACACUAAGAAGAUGUCUUUAGUUUUAGUUUGUAGAGUGAGAUGUGCGAGAGUUGUUAAUGGUCACAUGUGCCAGUGAGUUAAGUGUGAUGGGAGAGGCCCCCCAAAAAGUCUUUCUUUUUCUUGCUUCAUGUGGCUUCUCCACUCAUUGCACCCCUCUUACUUUGAAGAAAAGUAAGAGACUGUUCGUAGUCUAUAUAACUAUGACAGUGGUGUUAUGAAUAACUGCCACCCUCCUCAACUUUGUGUGUCUUGCCCUGUUAGACACACUAGUUUUUCCACCCCAUACCAUCCCUGACCAUUCUGGGUCUAAAUACCAACUUCUUGGACAGAAAUCAAGGUACUGAAUUACCUACUGAAGGGUUUUUCCGUGUUUUAGGUAUUAAUAAUAUUGUAGUUUAUAAGUUGUUUCUCCCAAUCGAAAAUAAUAGGACAGAGUAGGAGAUGUCCAGCCUAGCCCUUGGGAUUUGUGAAUUUCACCAAAAUUAUACUACCGAAACAGGUAGACCGUUUUUUCGCAGACGUACGUAACAGUUGCCGUUAGCGACAAAGGUGAUCGUUUUUGGUCACGUGGCUAAAGAGAUGUUAGCUCCAAAGGCAAACGCACGUGAUAACAUUCCUUCGCAUUUCUUUCCUCGCGCUUUGGCUGUCUAUCGUCGCUUAUCCGCUUUCGUUUAGUAAUUCAACAUGAUCCAGCUAAAAGUGUUCUAUAGUAUUUCUUUAGCUAUAAUCGAAUCGACUAUCACACAUCCAAAGCUAUCGUCUACGCCUUUACCACGGACAUAAGACCUUCCUUGUUUGUUUAUGGAAAAGCCCGCCAUCGUUUAAUUCUCAGGAAUGUGAAGGAAUGCGAUCACGUGUGCUUACAUUUGAGGCGUCAGGGAUAAAUCACGUGCGCUUAGUUCAAAUAUGUUUCUCUGCAGAGGCAACUGUUUCGCGCGUCUGCGAAAAAACAGUCUACCUCUUUCGGUAGUAUUUUUCAAUUGGAAUUUGGUUUCCGGAGAGUUCCUCAAACUUUUAUUCAGUGUUGUCAAGAGAGAAUUCAAUAGUUGCCCUUAUGAUAUUUUGCAUGGCUUGCUUUGAGUCAUUCACCCAUGGACUUGAUAACAUUUCAUGUGGACGUCUCUGGAAUCAGACUUCCCUUUAAUUACAACCUCUAAAUAACUUGAGUGAAAUUAACAUAUCCUGACCAACGCCCGAAAAUUCCACCUCCGUCCCAUUAUUGUCUCGUUUCUCUCUGUUCCUGUAGCAACCGGCUUCAACUUCUGUCUCCCUUUGAUAAAUGGGAUGGGAAAGACCUUCAGGAUAUGACCGUCUUGCUCAAGGUAAUUAUAGACUGCAAAACAGUCGGUUUUUUUCUCAAAAUCAGUAAAGAAAUCGGUAAAGCGUGGCGUAAGAGUCUUACGCGCGCGAAACGCGCGAGCCUCACACGCCCGUAGGGCGUGUGAGGCGAGAGAAAAAUUUUCAGCGUCUCUCCCCAGUCUCGCUCUCUGUUUUCAGCCUCAUUCCAGACCUUUUAUUGACUUCUCGCGCGCACUUGAAUACGCAAAAAUACGGACUGUUUUGCAGUCUAAGGUAAUUAUUGCAAUUGUUACAAUUGGUCUGACAAGGAUAAUAAAUCGCAGGGAUAUAAGUGAGCGAGACUUAAACCAGCAAGUGUUGCCCUUUAAUUUUUCACAAACGUGCCAUCCAAAAAAGAUAGAAAAGUUGUAGUGUAUUCAAUCCUGCAAAUAGGUAAAUGUAGCUCAGCCUUUUACAGUGUGUUAUCAUGUAAGGUAGUCCUUGCUUUUAUCAAAUUGGUAGAAGUGUGCACUGAUUUGUUGUUUGUUGGUUUGGUUGUUAUUAAUAGUAGAGCCAAUUGCAAAGUUUUACUGUAAGGAUCCAAAGAGUUCUGUACACCCGGGGCGUCCUGUGUGUACAUUUUAAGAUUUCCUUGUCGCAGACACCCUAAAGGGAGAAGUUAGCCUGCCAGGGGCCACUAAAGCACAGCCUAGUGAUGUCUUAAUACAUUCACAUUUUAUUUACUUAUUUCUUUACCAGGUAAAAGGAAAGUGUACCACAGAUCACAUCAGGUAGGAACACACUCUUACCAUAGUACCGGCACCUUCUUUUGUGUCACGCAUUCAUGUCACACAACCGGGAUUGCAUGACACAGGAAGAUUGCCUGACAGAAAGGGAAGAAUAAAACAAAGAUCAGGGGAGUGCCUUGAGAGGAAAUUUAACAUUAUUUUUUCCUCAAGUGUCUCAAGCUAAAAUCCUUUCCUACGCUGUUCAGGAAAAGAAACAUUUGUUCAACUGCAGUGUUUAAGACAAACAAAAAAGUAGUGUGAACUACUUGAUUAGGAGAAAAAGAAAAAUAUUCGAUGUUUGCCAUCCAAAAUGUCUGAGUUCUGUUAACUUAGAAUGUGUUUGUGUUGUAUAGUGCUGCAGGUCCAUGGCUCAAAUACAGAGGACAUCUGGAUAAUAUUUCCAAUAACAUGUUUAUUGGGUAAGUAUAGAUGGUAACCAGCCUGCUAAUGGCAGUAGUAUAGCACAAUUUUACGCUGUUUGAUGACUUUGUUAUCGUUAUUGUUAUCGUUCAACUCUGUUUACCAGACAUCAGCCCCAGUGUCUUGCUUAUACUGUAAGGGAUUUGAAUGAUUAAAGUGAUUAGAGAAUGUUUCUCCAACAGAGCUAUCAACAGCGAGAAUGACAAGGCAAACCAUGUCAAGAAUCAGGUGACUGGGGAGUACGGGGCAGUUCCUGACACUGCAAGAUACUACAAGGUACGCGGUCAAACUUGAACUAACCUCUUGUCAAUUGUGUUCAAUCGAAGAGUCAGCCAAUGGAAAAGCAAGACAUUUGUUGAUCUGGAAAUAACUAGAAAACGUAAAAAUAGUACAUGACCUUAUCUUAAUGAGAUUCCCACGCAUUUUAUUCGUGAGAUAAAGAAAAAACGCAACUUUAUGGGACUCCCCUGCGAAAUAAAGGAGUAACCGGUGCUCCUUAUACCUGGUAACAUUAGUGGUAACGCUGUUUGUUUCACAAAUGCUAACGGCAAUGACGAUAUUAUAGAAGUACCCUUGUGGCUUGAUCAUUUGCAUAAAAUACAUUUAAUGUUGAAAACUAUGAAGUGGUUGUUUUUUUUCUUUACUGCUAUCCAGGCCAAUGGUAUCAAAUGGGUUGUAGUUGGAGAUGAGAAUUAUGGUGAAGGCAGCAGUAGAGAACAUGCUGCUCUUGAACCGAGACAUCUAGGAGGAAGGGCGAUCAUCGUCAAGAGUUUUGCACGUAUUCACGGUAUGUUUAUUCACCCAGGGUUCUGGUAAUAGUUUUUUGAACUAAGUGUUAUUCAGGGUGGUUACCCUACGCUCGUCUCCUCCCAGUUACAGACCCCUAUUUUUCCGUGGGAUAUUCGAAGUCGAUCGCCGAAUUCGCAGAGGUAAUGCUACUGCAGUUAACUGUCCCUAAGUCAGACUGCUCUGAGACCAGCACCAUGUGUCCAUCUUAGAGAGAUAAAGAGUGAACUAAAAACGAGUGGAGACAUGCAGGAAACAACUGUAGAUGACCUUCUUAGAGAGAUGUCCAUCCUAAAAAGUGUCAACUAAAAGGAGUAAAGUUAGGCAGGGGCCAACUCCAGGCAUCCGUCCUAGAGACAAAUGAAAGGAGUAAUGAAAGGCAGGGACCAACUCUAGACUCCGUGUUAGCGAGGUGCCAGUCUAAUAGAGGAUGGACUGUAUCUUGAUUUCUUAUGAGAAGAGUACAGUGUCCAUUGAGACAAGGAUGGGAGGAAAUAUGGUUGACCCCUGUACACUCGAGCAUUAUUUUUUUUGUCACCCCUAAGUCAAACUCGGAACAAUAACAUAGAAAGUAAAGGACUUUGAACCGUCUUUUAUCAUUAUCUAUCCAAGCGUUUUUAUUUUGUUCCAUUGUUUUCUCUGGCCUUUUUGUCCUAUAAAGACAAGUUAAAGAUGCGUUCACCGUCUCAAAAUUUUGGUUGUAAGCAAAAACUACAGGACAAGCAUAACUGGUUUCAUUUGGCAGCAUUAAUUUUCGCGUCUUUGAAACUGGGUUAUACUUAGCCUCCCCGCAGACGUCCUUUGGAGAAAUGAAUGCGUGACAAACGAACCCCAAAGGACGUCUGCGGGGAGGCUAGGUUAUAAUUGGUUAGGUCUGCACUUCAUAGUAUGAUAUGAACUAUUUCUUAUUGUUUCCCUACAGAAACAAAUUUGAAGAAGCAAGGUAAGAUUUGUGCCUCUUUUAGUAAAAACUUGAUUUUCUCUUUGACAAAUGUGAGCUUUCCAGUAAUUAAUCAUGAAGCGAACACAAAGGAAUUUACCACUGUGUAGGAAGAUUGGAUUACGGGUACUAAGUGCCAUGAUAUAUUUAGACUUCUAGCUUUGAACAGGGCCAGAAUUGUUGUUGUUUUAAGGAGCAAACACUUGAUCUUAGAAUAAAAAACACUUGGUCUUAAAAGAACCCAGCUGCGCCUUUUUGCGCGACCCCGAACUUCUUGCGAUUGGAUAGCGGUUGAAACAUGUGUCUCGUGUGAUAUAUUACCGGUACUUAACCAUGCAGUGGAUAACACAUUUGAGUUUGUUGCCCCAGACUGGGUAGUGAUUUCAUAAAUGUGGAACGUUUCCGUAGACUACAAGCAGUCUUUUUUUAUUAUUAGUCCGUCGAGCGAAACGCGCGGAAGACGAAAAAUGCAACCCGUCGAGCAGCUAAUCGCACGCGCGUGAACUGCCGCCCUCGCGUUUUACGCGCGCGUGCACUUCCCUCACUAAAUUGGUACGAAAAGAGAGACUGCUUGCAGUCUACUUUUUUCACCUCUGUACCGACUGCACUGAUCUAGCGUGUUUUUCUUCGGCAGGUCUUCUACCUUUGACAUUUGCUAACUCGUCUGACUAUGACAAGAUUCUACCUGAUGACAAGCUCUCACUUAUGGGGCUAAAAGACCUUGCUCCUGCAAAGGUAUUUUGGCUAACACUCAGGGGCACCCAACGAGAAUAUAGUUCAAAACCUCUUAAACAUAGCACUGUUAAACGUUUUUUAGUAUAUAGGCAUAUUUUUAUCCGCUAAAAAGUUUUCAUCUGUUCGGAUUUCCUAGCUGAAAGUCUAGUGAUCCGAAAAUUACAGGGAUCAACACUUACCUUCUCGAAAAUUUCAGCCAGAAAAAAGGUUCCGGAAAAUUCUAGGUGACCUUUGUAGGGUAAAAACCCGUUAAAAAUGGGCAAUUAUACCAUUUUUUAGAUGCUCGAAAAUCCUAGGAGAGGCAGACAAGCAAUAAUUUUACAACAAAUGUUCCGAAAAUUCUAGAUCUCAAAUCGUUUUCCGAACAGAUAUUUUCCGAAAAUUGACGUCGGAUGCCCCCGAACACUAUCUUUUAAAGGCAGACUCGUACAUAGUCGCUAUUUAUGAGUCUAGGAGAAAGGCUUGGAAGGGGGAAGACUGGAUUUCAUUGAAGCAUGCUGGGAGUCAUGGGAACGCUCUGCGCGCCUUAUUGUAAACCCAAUCCUCUCUCAUCCCGAAAACUCACAAAAAGUGACUGGGUAUGCGUCUAUCGUAAUGGGGCAGUUUGAACAAGAUUUAUGCAUUAAAUGCAGCAAAAGUGUUGACACGAAUGGAAUUUAAACAGGUGGCUAUACGUAAGUUACUAUGCUUAAAAUAAAACUGAUCUAUUAACGACCCGUAGGAAAGAAGUGAACUCAAAACUUGAAACGCGGGGCCGAUAUUCCCUCUGUUAUAUUUGGCAAAAAUCGUUCAAGGUAAAAACUUUCGAGUUUUACUCACUUUUGCAGUGGUUUUAUCUUUAUUUCAUUUAUUUUGAUUUCAAAUCGAACUCGCGUUGCGCACUCUACCGAGUUUAAAGUAACCCGUAUGAUUUCAGACCAAAUUGCACUCCACUCAGUUCAAAUUACCAUUAUAACCUUCAGGGUAUCUUGUGUAUGCAGACGUGUGUGCAACCUUUGAGUUAGAAUAAUUUUCUCCCUUGUUUUAACACGUCUUUACCAUCUUCUCAGGACUAUUAUUUUCCUUUUCUUUUGUCUUUCAGCCUGUUAAGUGUGUGGUGAAACACGCAAAUGGAAGGCAAGAUGAAAUGCAGUUGAAUCACACUAUGAACGAGACCCAAAUUGAGUGGUUCAGAGCCGGCUCUGCCCUCAACAGAAUGGCAGAAAUGUCUUCAAAGUAGAACGAGCUCCUCCUCGUCUUCAUCCCACUUCUUGGUACCCUUUGUUCCGCGUCAUCUCCGCUUCAUAGAGCAAUGACAGAAAAUCAGUGAUAAAGUAACGAGUUUUUCACGAACAGUUCCUCAGACGCCAAUGCAAUGUUGCGCAUUAUAUUGUGGUUUUAAUUGUGAUACGACGAACAGUUAUCCUCGUGUCCUCUUCUUUCCAAUGAAUGUACAAUAAAGGACAAUUUUGUUGCAAUUUCUUUUGUUCAAAAUUAUGUUCAGGAAGAUACUCUUUUAGAGGCGUGUUUUUUUUACAGAAGGUUGCAAUGGUUUGUUUUGUUAAUGAACAGCUUCAAGAGAAAGGAUAGUUGAAUAUGAUUGAUGUUGUUCAUCUUCAAUAAACAAGGACACUCUU